AUGUCCACCUAUGAGGAUAAGCCACACAAACACCACACAAACACCACACAAAUACCACAGAAACAUCACACAAAUACCACACCUAACUGGAGUGAGGUACAUUAUGUUGAUACAGCGAGCAUGAUCAACUGUAUGGAGUAA